CUAUCCCUUUCCAGGUUUUAAAACCCAUAUCCGAGAGAUUUUUUGAGUAGGAACAAUUUGAAUAGUUAGGUACCAUAUGUGAUUUUUUUUCAAGGUGCUUGAAAAUGUUUAACAGAAUGACUUGACCGACUGCAAAAAGUCCUGACGAUCCCAUACAAAAUAAGCAAAUAAAUCCUGGGAAAACAAACGCAUUAGAUUUGGCUGCAUGACUCAGUAAUCGCGCACUCAUUUCAUUUGGAAUUCCUCAGUAGUUAGUUAGCUGCUGAAUGAAAAAUCGCCUCUUGCCCUUGCUCAGCAAUAGUGUUAAUUAAUCCGUCGGACGAGCUAGGGGGGGAUAUGGUAGGAAAGUGGCAUAUGAAUCUUUCAGAUCAGCAGAGCUCACAAGAAACAUAAAAUAACCCCUCGGGCAAGACAGCCACCCACCGAGAUGGUCAAAACCAACUACACUGCAAGAGAACCCUAAAAUGGGGACAUUAACAAAGUUCAAACUCUACUGCUGGCUGUUGAUCAGCUGGAUUUUAUUGAGUUUUUACUGAUAGGUAUCUUUUGACAUGGAAUGCUAUUUGGCAUCCUCCUUCGGAGCUCAUCACUCUCUUGUCUCAUUCAGGGAAUCUGCAUGUUACUGCAAGAAAAAUAUCAAUGGAUCCAACACUGUUCGGCCACUCUAUGCUUCCUUUAUAUUCAGGAAAUUAAAGACUAAUCGAAAACAGAGCUUAUGUUUUAAGUCCUUUGCAGCUACUCAUCCUGUCACAAAUGCCAACACUACACUUGUAACUGCAGAUCUUGCUCCAUUAGAUCUUCUGAAUUUUGUGGAGGUUUCAAAGAAGGGAAACUUGAUACCACUUUAUCGCAGUAUUUUCUCGGAUCACUUGACGCCGGUACUUGCUUAUCGGUGCUUGGUGAAUGAAGAUGAUAGGGAAGCCCCUAGUUUCCUGUUUGAAUCUGUUGAGCAAGGUCACAAAGGCACCAAUGUGGGCCGUUUUAGUAUUGUUGGAGCACAGCCUUCAAUGGAAAUUGUUGCUAAAGAAAAUUCAGUUACAAUAAUGGACCAUGAGCAAGGAACUAGGAAGGAAGAAAUUGUUGAAGAUCCUAUGACCUUACCUCCUUCUAUUAUGGCUGAUUGGAAACCAGUACUGACAGAUGAGCUUCCAGCUGCUUUUUGUGGUGGAUGGGUUGGAUAUUUUUCAUACGAUUCCGUGAGAUAUGUGGAAAAGAGAAAAUUACCAUUUUCAGAAGCUCCUAAGGAUGACAGAGGGCUACCUGAUAUGCACUUGGGUCUUUACAAUGAUGUUGUAGUGUUUGAUCAUGUCGAAAAGAGAGCAUACGUGAUACACUGGGUGCGGGUGGACCGAUAUUCUUGCACAGAAGAGGCAUUUUGGGAUGGACAGCGACAGCUUGAUAUCCUGGUUUCCCGAGUGCAAGACAUAGAUCCUCCCAGACUUUCCUCAGGUUCUGUCAAAUUGCAAACUGGGCUCUUUGGGGAUGCUGUCAAAAAGUCUAACAUGACAGAAUUAGAAUACAAGAAAGCUGUUUCAGAGGCACAAGAACACAUUGCUGCAGGGGACAUCUUCCAAAUUGUUCUCAGUCAACGUUUUGAGCGUCGUACAUUUGCAGACCCCUUUGAAGUUUACAGGGCAUUACGAGUUGUGAAUCCAAGUCCUUAUAUGAUAUACCUCCAGGCUCGAGGAUGUAUUUUGGUUGCUUCUAGUCCCGAAAUUCUCACUCGUAUAAAAGAGGGCAAAGUAAUCAAUCGCCCUCUUGCUGGUACUAGAAGAAGAGGCAAGACAGAGAUUGAGGAUGAGAUGCUGGAAAAGGAAUUGUUAAAUGAUGAAAAGGAAUGUGCUGAACACAUCAUGCUGGUUGAUCUAGGUCGAAAUGACGUUGGAAAGAUUUCAAAGCCCGGAUCUGUGAAGGUGGAAAGACUUAUGAAUGUUGAGCGAUAUUCUCAUGUUAUGCACAUUAGUUCUACAGUUGUUGGAGAAUUGCGAGAAGAUUUAACUUCUUGGGAUGCACUUCGUGCAGCUUUGCCUGUUGGGACUGUUAGUGGAGCUCCUAAGGUCAAAGCUAUGGAAUUGAUUGAUGAAUAUGAGCCAACUCGAAGAGGUCCAUAUGGUGGUGGUAUAGGAGGUAUAUCCUACAACGGGGACAUGGAUAUUGCCCUUGCUCUUCGCACAAUGGUAUUUCCUACUGGAACUCGUUAUGAUACCAUGUAUUCAUACAAGGAUGUCAGCCAGCGCCGGGAAUGGGUUGUUCAUCUUCAGUCAGGUGCAGGAAUUGUUGCAGGUAGUAACCCUGAUGAUGAGUAUAAGGAAUGUAUCAACAAAGCAGCUGGCCUAGGAAGAGCAAUCGAUCUUGCAGAAUCUACAUUUGUUAAUUCAUGAUUUUGUUGGUUGAACUACUUACACAUUUUCUGAAGGAGGAAACCUUCCCAAUAUUUCAACAAGAGAGGGUCUAAAAGAAUUUGGAGCUCUGCAAUUGCUAUCCAAUUUUUUAUAUCAUGGACAGUUGAAUUUCAGCAUGGCAAAUAUUUGUCAACUAAUAGAUAUGAUGGAAACAUCUAAAAACAGUUCUUUGACAAUGCACAUUCUUGAUUACAACUGCACAAAAUCCAUUUUACCCAUGUGGGCAGGAUCUGGUCUGUCCAAGAAUUUGUAAUGUACAUAUUGUUGAUUUCUUUGAAAUGUGUGCAAGUCACUUGUUUGGGAAACUUUUGUGACAAUAUUUGGGAUACCGGAUAAUGCUUCCUGUUAAUGUACCCAAGUUUUGUUAAUGAGCAACAGGUAAUUCAAGUAUACAGGUUUGUAGUCAUCUUGUGAUAUAUAACCUUGCAAGAUGUCUGGACAGAGCUGAAUGGAUGACUACUUAGUGAAGAGAAAAAAGUAACUCUGGGAGAAGCAACCCGAGACAUGUUAAAGAUGGCAGCACCAUGGAAUACAAGAUCAUACGUUUUGUAAUAAUAGAAAUGAAAUGUGUAUUAAAAUAUAUUUUAUAUAGUUUGUUA